UGCUGGUAAAGUAGUAGUAAACGGAAGUCGCCUCUCAGCCUGGCUCAAAGAAGUCGGCCAUUGCGUCUUGCGGGAUUUCGUUGCCAACCUCUACAUCUACGUCCUGGAGUUCUUUGACGGGUCUUACUCUGGUCUCAGCAUGAUCCGUAGUCUCGAGAGUGAGGAUGUGGUGCUUGAUCCGGAGAACAGUUGCCAGAUCGUCUGUGGAUUUCUAGCGGAUUGCCACAUCAUGCGCCGAUACACGCUCCGGCUGUCGCGUGGUCAGAUUGGCUUCUCUGUUGAUACGGAAUGGAUCUCCUUCACAACCUUGCUGGCUGAACGUGUAGCUGUUCUUCCUCUGAAUUCCGUGGUGUUGUUGAUCCGAUACUACUCUGGUUGCCGAGUGAACGAACAUCCAGAACCAUCGAAAAACCGUACAGCACUGAAGGACAUUCUGCUGGCUGAGUCCGACAGUGACAGGAAACGCAUAGCAAAGGCACUGGAUGCUACCAUCGAUCAAGAGCUCGGAGUGAUUGAGGACUUGCGUAACCAUGAUAAUCCAAAUGGUGCUGCUGGUCCUCGUGGUCCACGAGUUUCUGAGACAGGACCUCGGGCAGACUUCGGUCGUG